CGAAUAAUACCUCGAGAUCCCAAUAGUAUUUUCACUGUAUUUUUUUCUUCUUUCUUCUCUCACAUCAGAAGCACAGCGAGCGAGAGAACCAAACAAGAGAGAGAUGUUGCAGUGCAUUUUCCUUCUAUCAGAUUCUGGGGAGAUAAUAUUGGAGAAGCAAUUGACGUCACAUCAAGUGGAUAGAUUUAUUUGUGUUUGGUUUUGGGAAAAUGUCAUUUCUCAGGGAGAUUCCUUCAAGGUUCUACCUGUGAUUGCUUCACCUACACAUUACCUUUUUCAAAUUGGACGCGAUGGAAUUACGUUUUUAGCUUGCACACAAGUUGAAAUGCCACCAUUGAUGGCAAUUGAGUUCCUGUGUAGAGUUGCAGAUGUUUUGAAUGAGUAUCUUGGUGGGUUGAAUGAAGACUUGAUCAAGGAUAACUUUGUUAUCGUGUAUGAGCUGUUGGAUGAGAUGAUAGACAACGGCUUCCCUCUCACUACUGAACCAAACAUCUUAAGAGAUAUGAUAGCACCGCCAAAUCUUGUUAGCAAGGUUCUGAGUGUUGUAACUGGUAAUAGUUCCAAUAUGAGUAAUACCCUUCCAGGUGCAACAGCAUCUUGUGUUCCUUGGAGAACAGCUGAUCUGAAGCAUUCGAGUAAUGAAGUUUAUGUUGAUCUUGUUGAGGAAAUGGAUGCAAUUAUAAACAGGGAUGGGAACCUGGUGAAAUGUGAGAUAUUUGGUCAAGUUGAAGUCAACUCCCACCUCUCAGGUCUCCCUGACUUGACUAUCUCCUUCACGAACCCCUCAGUUCUAAAUGAUGUGAGAUUUCAUCCUUGCGUUCGGUUUAGGCCCUGGGAAUCAAAUCAGAUACUCUCUUUUGUUCCUCCUGAUGGCCUGUUCAAGCUCAUGAGUUACAGGAUCAAAAAGUUGAACAACACUCCUAUAUAUGUAAAGCCUCAGCUAACCUCAGAUGCUGGAACAUGUCGUGUCAGCGUGUUGGUUGGAAUAAGGAAUAAUCCUGGAAAAACGAUUGACAAUAUUACAGUACAGUUUCAAUUGCCUGCAUGUGUAGCUUCGGCAGAUUUAACUUCGAACUAUGGAACAGUGAAUAUCCUUGCAGAUAAGACAUGUUUUUGGUCAAUUGGACGGAUUCCAAAGGAUAAAGCUCCUUGUAUGUCUGGAAACUUAGUACUUGAAACAGGUCUAGAACGCUUGAAUGUAUUUCCAACAUUCCAAGUGGGCUUCAAGAUCAUGGGUGUCGCUCUUUCUGGUUUGAAAAUAGACAAGUUAGACUUCAAGAACCUUCCAAGUCCCCCUUACAAAGGAUUCCGCGGAAUCACACGAGCAGGGAACUAUGAAGUACGAUCCUAACUUGCCUUUUUGUAUUUCCAUUCAUGCACAGUAGAGCUUUCUUUUUUGCAGUAUGAUGAAUCUUUGUUUUAGGGAGAGAAUAUCACCCAUUGCCUAGGAUUGACCAAAGUGUGCACAGUAUGUUACAAUCCAAAAAUCAACUAUAUCAACUUUGUAUAAUCACAUGAUUUUUAACAGUUGUUAUCCUUUGGGGAAAAAAAGUAAAUAAAUCUUGAAUCGAGUAAAUCAGGGGUACUUUCCUGUGUGAUGGUUUGACAACAUUAA